AUGAGGGCCAGGGGAGCUCUACAGGUGGCGGCCUUCCUGGCGUCUGCCCUUUGGGCAAUACCUCUGCAAGCGAAAAACGACAGGCCGAGCUUCCAUACCAAGGCCUUUGAAAACAUUCCCAAAAAUUUGAACUACUUCCCUGACUCCGACGUCGUGCUCUUCCAAGAUGUGGACGACAAUAAUGUCUUUCGCUCUGAGGACUCGGGCGUGACGUGGGAACGCGUGCGCGAUGUGCCCGAUGGGAAGGCCUGGAUGCUCUACAUGCACCAAUUCGACCCCAAGCGCGCAUACAUCCUCACCGAGGGAACCCGCCACUAUCGUACCAGCGAUCGUGGGAAGACAUGGCUGAGCUUUGACUCAGGAGCCGAGAUGAGCAUGUUCCGUCCUGACAUCUUGCAGUUCCACGCUUCCGACCCCGACCGCAUCAUAUUUAAUGGCAUGGCUUGCCAGGGCAUCUUCUGUCAGGAGGUUGCCAUGUACACACUUGAUGGCUUCAAAUCACCAGCCAAGACACUGCGUACCAACACGGAUGGCUGCUGGUGGGCCAAGUCCUCAGAGUUGUUCACCACAGGAUCCGAGGACCUGGACCGCAACCGUAUUCUCUGCAUCGCCCGGGAUGCCUUUUCCCCCUUCAAGCAGGAUCAACGCUUGGUUGUCUCAGAUAACUUUUUCAAAAGCACAAGCGAGAGCAAAGACAUUCAAGAGUUUGAGCCCAACUUGGACACCGACAAGCCGGUUCAGGGCGUCGUGAACGUUGCUGCUGUCAAGAAAUGGAUCCUCGUGGCGACCACAUCCGUCAACACAGAUGAGAUGGCCCUUUUUAUCACUGGGGACACCAAAAAAUGGCACCGGGCCGUUUUCCCAACUCCCCGUGACAGCCAUGAUCAUCGCGUCUUCCAAGAGGCUUACACGGUGCUGGAGAGCACCAACUACAGCAUCCAAAUCGAUGUCAUGACAACACGUCCUUCAAACCCCAUGGGCAUCCUGUUUACCAGUAACUCCAACGGCACGUUUUUCACAGAGAACAUCGAACACACAAACCGCAAUCGCCAUGGUCACGUUGAUUUUGAGAAGAUCAGUGGCAUUCAGGGUAUCUUUCUGGUGAACAAGGUCGCCAACUGGGAGGAGAUCGAACAGAAGCCUGGCUCCAGGAAGAAGGUCGUGACUGAGAUUACGUUCGACGACGGCAGGACAUUCGAAGAUGUGACAGCCGAGGGCAAGAGGAUCCAUUUGCAUUCCGUCACAGAACUAAACAAUGUGGGUCGUGUCUUUUCUAGCCCUGCUCCAGGCUUGGUCAUGGCCAUCGGCAAUACCGGAGACUAUCUUAAGGACUACUGGGAAGACGGCAAUCUUUAUGUCUCAGACGACGCGGGUAAGACGUGGAUCAAGGCAUUAGAUGGCCCCCAUAAAUAUGAGUUCGGAGACCAGGGAUCCAUCCUCGUUGCCGUGCGCGAUUCAAAGGAGCCUGAUGUCGAUGAGAUCAACUACUCGCUCGACCAUGGUCUGACCUGGAAGCAGGAGAAGCUGCCGGACGGCUUGAAGAUCCAGCCGUACAUUCUGACGACCACGCAGGAAUCGGCCAGCCUGAAGUUUAUUCUGAUUGGCCGAACCAAAAAGGACCCUCAGUGGCAGGUCAUUGCUAUUGACUUUGAGGGCUUGCACGAGGCAACCUGCAAAGACUCUGAUAUGGAGGAAUGGUUUGCGCGCGUGGACAAAGACGGCAAGCCGACCUGCUUGAUGGGACACACCCAGAGCUUUCGUCGGCGGAAAAAGAAGGCAGAGUGCUUCCUGAAGCAGCCGUUCAAGCACCCUGAGCCUCAGACCAAGAAUUGUGAUUGCACCGAUCUUGACUACGAGUGCGAUUUCAACUUCGUUCGGGAAGAUGGCAAGUGCAUUGCCAAGGGUCCUGUCAUACCACCUGAAGGUGUGUGCCGCGACGGCAAACCUGAUGCCACUUUCAAGGGAACAUCUGGGUAUCGCAAGAUCCCUGGCAACACUUGCAAGCCCACAAAGGAAAUGGACGAAAAGUACAAGGACGUGGAAAGGAAGUGUUCCGAAAUCGUGGGUGGUGGCAAGCCAUCUGUUCCCGCGACGGAUAAGAUCGAGCAGACACAAAAGGCAUUUAGCGACUAUGAUUUCCUGGAGAAGCACUACUUGGAACGUGGUGAUUCCAGCUCGUCCAACGAUGAAACCGUUAUUCUGCGUGGCUGGAAGGGGAACAAGCCAGGGCGCAUUCACAUCACGAACGACCAUGGCAAGACCUGGCACGCCCCCAAGGAGUUGGAUGACGACGACAUCACAACUAUUAUCCCGCAUCAGUAUUUCAAGGACAUGGUCUUCUUCAUUACAAAAGGCAAGACGGUUUAUUACACUGCCGACCGUGGCAGAACUUUCCAUAGCUUCAAGGCGCCUAGCAAGCCCGGCGACAAGAGUCCGCUGCCUUAUCCCCUGGCUUUCCACCCAGACAAGAAAGAUUGGUUGAUUUGGAUGGGCGAGAAAUGCGACCGUGACGAUGAGGAUUGUUAUCCUGUUGCUUGGUACACCAAGUACCGUGACGAAGACUGGAGAAUCGCAGGGCGAUAUGUCCAACGCUGCGAGUUUACCGGGUCUAGUGCGUACAAGUAUCCAAACCGCAAAGAGGAACAAAUUCUCUGCCUCAAGCAUGAGCGGGAGGAUAACAGCAGGGACAACCCGUUGGUGCUUGUUUCAUCGAAUGACUGGUUUGAGACGGAGCACAUCCGCAGCAAGAAUGUGAAGGAUUUUGCCACCAUGGCCGAAUUCAUUGUUGUCGCAACGGAAGACACAGUCAACAAGACCCUAGAGGCCUCUGCCAGUCUUGACGGGACCAUCUUCGCCGAGGCCAAGUUCCCAUACGGAUUCAACGUUCCGCAUCAACAUGCAUACACGGUCUUGGAUAGCUCGACACAUGCCGUCAACCUGUUUGUCGCAACAGAGCUGGCUGAGGGUCGCACACGUGGCACCAUUUUGAAGAGCAACUCCAAUGGAACGUCGUACGUAGUCAGCAUUCAUGAUGUCAACUGCAAUGACGAGUUCUACGUCGACUUUGAGAAGAUGCUUGGUCUGGAGGGCGUGGCGCUGGUCAAUAUUGUUGCCAAUCCCGACGAAAAGAAGAGUAACGCGCCUAAGAAACUACAGACCAAGAUUACGCAUAACGACGGGGCGCGUUGGGCUUACCUUCCGACUCCCGCGCAUGAUGAGUUUGGCAGGUUCCCGUGCCAGUCACAGGGCAAUGAGAAGUGCGCGUUGCAUAUCCAUGGAUAUACGGAACGUAAGGAUCGCGGAAAGACAUAUUCGUCCCAGGGUGCUGUUGGUCUCAUGUUUGGAUGGGGUAAUGUUGGCGACUCACUGGGUCAUAUUGGAGACGCCGACACAUUCAUGACCGCCGAUGCUGGUAUUACAUGGAGGCGGGUGAAGAAGGGUCAAUGGACGUGGGCCAUGGGCGAUCUUGGCUCCAUUAUUGUCCUGGUCGAGACUACCACAACCGGUCCCAAAAAGACAAAGACACUCUCGUACUCACUCGAUCAAGGUGCUACCUGGCAUGACUAUCAGUUCUCGUCCGAGGAGGUCGAGGUCUGGGAUGUGACGACAUUGCGGUCCGGCAGUUCUCGCAAUUUCUUGCUUUGGGGCCGGGACAGCAAGGGCACUUUUACCAUCAAUCUCGACUUUUCCGGCUUCAGCGAGCGCGUCUGCAAACACGAUGACGACCCGAAGAAAUCAGACUACUAUCUCUGGUCGCCGAAGCAUCCUUUGCAACCAGAUGGCUGUCUAUUUGGCCACAUUUCGCAAUACCUGCGUAAGAAGGCCGACAGGAAGUGCUACAACGACUUCAAGCUACAGCCCUUAUACGGAAAGUUGAACUGCACUUGCACGAGAGAGGACUUUGAAUGCGACUACAAUUAUGAACUCGAUCCCUUCGGGCAAUGCAAGUUGGUCAAGGGUCUAAAGCCAAAAUCCCCUGAGGUUUGGUGCGCGGAACAUCCAGAUGCCAUCGAAUACCACGAACCGACCGGCUACCGCCGGAUCCCUCUGACUACUUGCUCAGGCGGCCUGGCUCUCGACACCGAAUCGCCUGUCCAUCCAUGUGCCGGCCAUGAGAAGGAGUUUGAGAGGGCCCAUGCUACCUCGCCUGUGGCUAUAUUCUUUGCCGUUACAAUCCCAUUCGCUAUCGCCUUUGCCGCCGGCUGGUAUGUCUGGCGCAACUGGAAUGGCAAGUUUGGCCAGAUCCGGCUCGGCGAGCCUAACGGUGGUCCUUCAGGAGCUGUGUUUGACUCUGACAGGCCCUGGGUCAAGUACCCCGUCAUUGCGCUCAGCGCUGUCGUCGCAGUCAUCGGUGCCAUGCCUCUCGUCGUGGGGGCAUUGUGGAGGAGCGCAAAGGGCUAUACGGAGAGAUUGGGCCUGGGCGGCCGCGGCUACUAUGGUGGGGGCCGUGGAAGAUGGAGUCGACUUGGGGGUACCAGGAGGUUUACCACGAGGGACAGCUUUGCCAGGGGAAGCGGGGAUUACGCGAUCAUUCCUGAUGAUGAAGGAGAGCUGCUUGGGGAGGAUGACAGUGACGAGGAGGUAUGA